AUGGACUUUACCUCCAAGCGUGGAGGCUACAAGAGCCUGGAUCUGGGCGACCGGAACCAGAUGCACUUCAGCCACCAGAACAAAGAUGGAGUCGAGACACCUGCAAGCGACAGCCUGGCAGCCAUCCCCUCCAGCGGCUCGCUCGUGGCCUCCCACGACUAUUACUGGUGCCGCCUGGGCUCCCUUUCCAGUAACAGCUCCUGCAGAAGUGCAGAGUAUGCUGGGGAAGCCAUCCCUCACCACCGCAGUCUCCCCAAGGCUGACCCGGGUCACUGGUGGGCAAGCUUCUUUUUCGGGAAGUCCACUCUCCCGUACUCGGCUGCAGUGUUGGAGUCCCCAGAACGCUUGGCAUCUUCCCAGGCUUCCAGCAGCAGGAUCCUCUGGGACUUGGCUCUGGAAGCCAUGAGGAAGCAGCCUGGUGGGCAGCCUGGCAAAGCCAACAUGGGGCCCCCAUCCUGA